AUGAGCAAUGAAGUUGCCUCUCUGGAAGCCGAGAUUAAAGAGUACAAGCUACAGCUCGAGACCGUUCAAUCAGGUUUACAAGCCGACCCAGACAAUGCGGAUCUGCAAGGACUCAAGACAGAGCUUGAAGAAGUCAUUUCCCUCACCGAAAGCGCGAUCGCAGAGCUAAAGCCAGCUUCAGCACCAGCACCGACCAAGAAGCCAUCGUCACCACCAAUUAAGGAAAAGUGGUCGAAGGAGAACCAUCCGGCCUUCCAAGCGGGCUACCGCAAGCCAGCUGCGCCUCAGAGUCCUGUUGAAGAACCUCAAGCACCUACUACGUUCUCCGUGAAUGACAAUAUCCUAGCGAAGUGGAAGUCGGGGGACAAGGCCUUUUACCCUGCCAGGAUUACAUCUAUCACCGGCUCAUCGAGCAAGCCAGUCUACAUCGUUACCUUCAAGAACUACACCACAACCGAAACUCUGUCCGCUCACGACAUCAAACCGAUCUCAAGCGACUCGAAGAAGCGAAAGGCUGAUGGUCCUCCAGGGAACCCCACCACGCCAUCAAUACCCACCAGCAGCAAUGUCAUAUCGGCAGCAGCGAACAUUGACCCCACACUCGCCAGUCAGGCAAAGAAAGAACCAAGUAAGGUCAGCGAUGGACCGGUACGGCCAGCGAAGGUCCCACGCAAGGUCAAAGCAAAUAAGGAGCUGGAAGCAGGCAAGAACAAAUGGCAGGACUUUACCACGAAGGGAAAAACUGGAAAGGUCGCGAAGAAGGAGAGUAUGUUCAGGACGCCCGAAGGUGUCAAUGCGAGAGUUGGCUUCACUGGGUCAGGCCAGCAGAUGAGGAAGGAUCCUGGUCGAAGUCGACACAUCUACCAGCAGGCAGGGGAUGAGGAAGGGUGA